AGGAGGAACCAUGGCCAGGUGUGUAUAAAAGGAUGCUGCAGGUGGAUGUGAGCAGCAGAUACUUGGAGACAGAGGUGAAUUCAGGAAAAGAUGGCCACCGCUCUGCUGCUCCUGCUUCAGCUGGUCUCACUGGCGUCUGCAUCACAUCACUACGGGGGAACCGUGACCUAUAGCUACAAAGGAAGAAACCCUGAUGGAUCAUUUAGGGUGGACUUUCGCGACAGGGCGACCUAUGAUGGGUGUCAGUACUCCCAUUACCAGACAUGUAGCACUGGCAACUGUGGCUUACUCACUAAUCAACAGAGAGGCAUAACUGACAGGAGCACCAAUGCACCGCAAAGAAACAGAGAAUGGUGUGAAACAGAAACAGUUCAACAAAGAAAAGUCCCAACUGACAAACCUUUUGAGAUGAGGGCAAGUAGCUGUUGUUGGAUCCCAACACGUAACGGGGUUUCAGGUUGGAGAUUUCAAACUCAAGUAGAUUUGGGAUCAAGAUCUGACACUGGCAAACCAAACAGAUCCCCAGACAUUGCCAUUCUACCUUUCCUACGAGUUCCCCAGAACUGCCCACGGACCUACAAGCUGAUGUCCUUCGACCCUGAUGGAGACACAGUUCGCUGCAGAUAUGGAAAUAUCAGAAAUGUAGAGUGCAGCGGAUGUAACCAACCUUCAGGCUUUGUCUUGGAUCAGGGUUCCUGCUCCUUACAUUACCGCAAUGCCAUCGCCAACUCAAGUGUUUUUGGAUUUGAGUUGGUGGUGGAGGACUUCCCGCAAAGGCCCAUCUCUCUAUCCUACACCGAUGGAACCCAAUCCUACAAGGCUCCACUGAUUCCCAUGAGGCAUAAACGACACACAUAUCCUCCCACGACUUCAGCACCAAUCACGACUCCAGCGCUUAACACUAUGGCACCAACAACACACCCAUGGCAGCAACACCUGCAUGGCACCACGCCUCCUCUCAGUAAACUGUCUUUGCAAUUCUCCUUUCUUGUGGACCCACCUGCUCCCUCAUGUGUUGAUGGACUCUACUUGCCAAAGUUUGUGCACCCAACACCUGACGAUGGACAACACAUCAAUGCCGAGGUCAACAAAGAAGUGGAGAUCAGAGUCCGAGCACAAGCUUCACAUGCAACACUACAUGAUAUCAUCAUCAGUGGGCCACUGAAUAUCACCAAGCACAGAAGCACACAUGGAGACUUUGUCAUUAGGUGGACGCCUGGCCCUGAUGAUGUGGGGGAUCAUUACCCAAUCUGCUUUGCUGUUGAAUCAGUAAUCGAUCCCGCCUCUACCAUCCCCCCUAAAACUAAAAAGGGUUACCGCCCUCCAGCCGCAACCUAUCACCAGGAACAUGUCCACGUCCACAAAUCUCCACAGUCCGGCAUCUAUCAGUCCGAGAUGAGGUGCGUUCUGGUGAACAUCGGUCAAAGACUAAUUGAAUCCCAUGUGACCUGCCAUGAGUCCUCAAUGACGGUAGAGGUUGAGAGAUCUUCUCUCCCUGGACUCCAUGAGGAUCAUUUACGCCUCAAUGACCCCAGCAACACGGCCUGCAACCUGCAGACAAACUCCAACAGCACGCACAUCAUCGCGGUCGUACCCCUCAACGCCUGCGGCACUCAGAUCGAGGAAGAUGAGGAAAACCUGGUUUUCAAAAAUGAAAUCACCACGGUGGACAACAUACACGACCUGAUCACCAGGAACCACCUGCUCGAGGUCCAGUUCUACUGCCAGUACCCCAAACGUGGGAACGUGUCGCAGGGCUUCACAGCACACAGGAGGAAUGUGGUGGUGUGGGAUAAAGGCUUCGGAAAGUUCACCUACGAGUUUGAGUUCUACCCAGACAGCCAAUAUAGACAAAUGGUCGAUCCAGGGCUGUACCCUCUGGAGUACGAUGUGACGAACAAGAUCUACAUGCAGAUAGAGGCCAAAUCUACCGUCAACAACACCCAGAUGUUUGUGGAGUCCUGCAGUGCGGCGCCAUAUGACACCCCCAACUACUGGCCAACAUACUCCAUCAUCGAGAAUGGGUGUAAUGUGGACCAAACGGUGCAGGUGCAUCGGAGCGCCAACCCGAGACAGUUCAGGUUCAGCAUGGAGGCCUUCCAGUUCAUCGGCUUGCACGACCAGGUGUACAUCAGCUGUUCAGUGCUGAUGUGUGAGGCAGGGAGCAGCGGCACCAGGUGCUCACAGGGGUGCAUCAACUCCCCCCUUACUGGGCAUCAUCAUCACCGCAAGAGAGAGGCCAUCACUCAGAGCGCCAGGCACUUCAUUUCCCAGGGUCCUCUGCGUUUGAAGAGAUCAGCGGAGAGCACCGGGAGCCCAGCGACCCCCCUGAAUCUGAACCUGGUGUUCAUCGUUGGAUGUCUUCUUGCAGCCGUUGGCAUGAUCAGUGCAGUGGCCCUGUACAAAGUCAGAGCAUCAAAGGUCAAAUACCAACCGUUGCCCUCUUUCGAAAACUAAGAAAGCGGCCAUUUCAGAAUACCCAUUUUUUUUAUCGGUUGCAUUUGACUACAUUAAGCUUCUUGUUUUUUAAUGCUAUCAGAUAACGAGUCUUCAUUUGUGCCUUAUGGGUUAUAAGUGGUGUUUAUUGUGGUGUUAACCACUGUUUACAGUGUAAUCCUAUGUAGCUUCACAAGUGAUUGUUAUAUCAUGUACUCCAUUAUGAUUUAAAACUUGAUUGAUAUGUGUAUCCAAUCAGUGUAAUGCUUAAUGUUAAUAGUACAUGUAAAACUUAAUUGUUCAGCCUUAUCCUAACUCCUUUAGGCUUAAAGUUUCAAUAAAAACUCUCUCAUAUCUC